CUCUUCAUGGAUAACAUUACAUACAUUUCUCGUUUCGGAAACUGUUAAAAGUCCACUGAUUGUAGAGUAGUGACCGGUGGUUUCAGUGAAUUUAUUACUCAUUAAAAGGUCCAGAAAUGAUGUGGUAAUAUUCAAAUUUCACAACUGGAUUUGCCACUGAAUGCUUCAUGAUACAUUCUCAUUCUCUUUUUGCUGGUUUUGUACUUCAAGGUGCAUAACGAGGAGGAGUUUCUUGUAAUAUUUUAAGGGUUUGAUAAGCAAAGUUGAGAGGUUUCCUGCCCGCCAUGCUUCUUUUUCCCCUAAGUUCUCCCUUCGUCACCUAAUCAAUCCGCAAUGUCAGCUGUGGAUGCCCUGGUACGCAGGCCACCCAGCCGGUCCCUUUCCAGCUGCGGACCCAGUUCUUCCUGUGAAGCUCUGCGGUAUGCUGUUGCUGCUCUCAACCGGCUCGAUGAUUUCUACUGCGAAAAGAUUGGAGCAGGGUUUUUCUCUGAAGUUUUCAAGGUUCGCCACCGUGUUACCAGCCAGGUGAUGGUGCUCAAAAUGAACACAUCUCGAUCAAAUCGUGCCAACUCGCUCAGGGAGGUUCAGCUUAUGAACAGGUUAUCUCACCAAAACAUACUCAAAUUCAUGGGUGUUUGUGUUCAUGAAGGACAACUACAUGCUCUUACUGAGUUCAUCAAUGGGGGAAGCCUGGAACAAUUACUACAGGACAGGACCAAUGCAGAGGAUCUGUCCUGGGAAAGGAGGGUGAAGCUGUCUCUAGAUGUUGCCCGAGGCAUGGAGUACCUGCAUUCGCGGGGUGUUUUCCACAGAGACCUCACUUCCAAGAAUGUUUUAAUAAAAAUCAAUGGAAAUGAAAUGAUGGCAGUUGUUGGUGAUUUUGGUUUGGCUGAGAAGAUUCCAGAUCCUAGGGAUCGCAGCCAGAGGUUGCCGAUUGUCGGUUCUCCUUACUGGAUGGCUCCGGAGUGCCUGAAAGGGGAGUGGUACAACGAGAAGGCGGAUGUAUUCUCGUUUGGCAUCAUAUUGUGUGAAAUUAUUGCAAGGAUUGAAGCUGAUCCAGAUGUCUUGCCUAGGACUGAGAAUUUUGGAGUUGACUACAUGGCUUUCAGUGAGAUGUGUCCAGAAUGUCCACCACAGUUCCUGGAACUGGCAUUCAGCUCUUGCAGGAUUGACCCUAACAGUCGUCCAAGUUUUCUGGACAUUGCUGACCAGCUGCAAAAGCUGCUGAAUGUCUUCAGCUGCCUAUCCGGGGACCCAAAUGUCUCUUGCCCCCCUGUGAUAUAUUCCUCCUGCCUGGAUGAUGGUGACAAUAUUGACAGUGUUCGAGCUAUCUUUGCCCAUGGGUGGACUCGAACCAGUCUACCUCAAGAUAAAGCUGAGUCGAAAAAAGAUUGUACUCCAGUAACAGAAACGCCUGCAUUGCAAGUAUCGACUCCAUCACCCGUCACACCAAAGCACAUUGGGGAAGCCAUGUCAAUGCAGGACCCUCACUACAAACCAAGCAGCAACUCACAGAAUCCUUUUGCUUCUUUGCCUCGUUUCUGGAAGGGCAAGAAGUUCUUAGAAGAGUCCACUUCUUUUGAAACAGUUGAUCCGAGCCACUCGCUCAAAUUUGAUUCAUUUUCAUCAGUCCCUAGCAAUCCUCUACAAGACGGAGCCUCAAAUUGCAGCUCAAAAAAUGCUCUCUCUAAGUCUCUGCCUACGUCGCCUGUGCUACUCAAGAAGACUAUCUUUGUGAAUUCAAUCUUCUCACCUAGAUCUACAUCUCCCGGUCCUUCGUACAGUCCGCCCUCUUCUCUGUCACCAUUUGAGGCAGAUGAGUCAUUUUCAGGAUACAAUUCCGUCCAAGAGCAGAUGAGCGAUUGCAAACUGGAAGAUUCUAGGUUCAUUCCACAAGAUGCCAAAGUAGAACAGGCUUUUAUGACAUGCAACUCACCGACACCAGUUGCCUUUGGAGUGAAGACUGUGAAGCUUCGGCGUUCCUCAGGGGAGUCUGGUUUCUUCAGUGUGGGUGACAGGAACAGUGCCUGUGACUUGUUGCUGGAGCAAAUGAAUGACUCCAAAAUGGAAGAUGGAUGUAGCAAUCCCAUUGAAGGCAAGAAGCCUUCCAAUGAUUUUGAAAUGAGUUUCAUAGAAACUACUCCUUCAUCAUGUGCCAAACUGAGAUACUCUUCUGAUGAAUCCAGCUUUUUCAGCACAUCAGAUCAAACCAGUGCUUGCGAUUUGUCUAUGGAGUGUUGUCAGUGUCCCGAAGAUGUGCCAUCUUGGACCUCAAAUGAUGUCUCUGACCCCUGGUCUGAUCCUUCCCACGACAUUGGAAGACGUAGGAAACGUCCGUCUUCUUAUUGUUCUGAUGAGUCUUGUGCCUGCUGCAGAGUUCACUUGAGCCAUUAUGAGGUUCCUGUAGAAUCUGGAAAAGAUCAGUCGCUUCAGUUUCCCAAUAAUGCUGCUUGGCAAAAGAACCCCAAGUUGUACACUAAUCCAAAUCCUGGUGGCUCAAAGGAAUCUGUUGUUGGAAUCGAAUUUUCUAGUCAUAUCGAAUCCGGUCCUGAAUUUCAUCCUGAGGAUGAUCUUGGUUGUGCUGAUUUUAAUAUUUCCAAGAUGUGUAAAAAAGGAAGUAGACUUGCUAAGUGCAUGAGAACUUCACCUGAUCUCUAAGAUGCUGAGUGGAUGGAUUCAGAAGAGGUUGUGAAAACUUUGUGUGCUCGUUAUCUGCUUUGCAGCGCUUCCCCACAAAAUGAAAUAUUUUAAAUCCAUAAUGACAUCUCAUUUGCCAAAGAAUAGAAAUGGUUUCUAUUGUAAUUUAUAUGAAAAUAAUUUUUUGUACAAAUAUGUAAAUAUUUAUUGAAAGGUGCAAGAAUGAGUUGACGCUUUUUUGUGCAAAUGAAUGCUCAAAAUGAAUAUGAUUCUUGCAAGACCUUUUGAUUCAAAUUUUAUAAAUUUAUUUUUAUUUCUUCAAAAGUUGAGCAUUUUAUGUUGAAAUAAGAUUUUAAGCUUCUGUAUUGUCUUAUUUUAUCACUUCUAAUAAAUAAUUUUCUGCCCGAUUUGAUAAAUUGUUCAUAGCUGUGAUCGAAAAUGCCAUGCUUAAUGUAUUGAAUGAUAAUGUAUUGGAAUUAUUAUUAUUAUUUUUUUUUUUUAGCACACACAUUAACAUUGGAUUUUUUUUUAUGUUCCAUAAAUGUAAAAUACUUCACAGUUUGAAAUACAAAGGACACCACUUCAAAUGCAUAAUAAAUUUAUUUUAAAAUUAUGUUCAUAAACUUAUCCUCAUAUAGGGGAGACUAUGAAUAGCUGAGACCCCCUUUUUCAUUAGAGUUUAACUUUUGUUUGAAUCAGUGGAACUAAACAAUCUCAUAUUACGUAUUUAGAAGUCUUUUCUCCAUCAAAGUGCUAUGCCGUUCUUUAAAUUUAUUUAUUUGAAGGAAAUAAUUUUAAGAAAAACAAAAAUUCGGAAAAAGGAUCAAGUAUCUUUUAUUGACUCAUAUUAGGAAACUUUGACUGCUGCUCCAGUUAUUUUUACAGAAUCAAAUGAAAGUGGAUUUGGAACUUGUGAAUGGGUUUGUUUAUUAACUCAUAUUUUGACUAAUAAUGAUUUUGAAGCAAAAAGAAGAUGAAAAGCCAAGUUAAUUUAUUUACAGUAAAAUCUGUUGCAGGUUGGGAAAUAGAAAUUACUGUACGUAUGUGGUUUGAAUUAUUGGAAUCAGAAAUAAUCUAGUAGUUUGCAUCUGUUGCAUUUGGGAUGUCUAUUGUAUUUCAAGCGUAAGAAUCUUGCCUAAUGUGUGCUUUUUAUGUUGGCAAUAAACGCAAAUAAAAAAAUAUGCUCCCGAAAAAAGCCAAAUGCUUCUUUGAAGGACUGAAUCUUUAACAUUUCAGAGCUUGCUGUAAAAAUGAAUAAAAUUCUAUUUUUAUCAA